GCGCGCGCGGGGCUCCGAGAGGGCGAGGCCACGGCGCCCGCGCGCGCCCCGAGCCGUCCCGGAGACCUGGAGCGCGAGCGUGAAGAACGUGCGGGGAGAACCAGAGGGAGGACGCACCUCGCCCCGGCGGUCCGGGGGGAACCGGUGGCGCCACGCCGCGCUGGGUCAGCCCCAGGGAGCUCUUGCUGGGGAUGAUUUCUCUAGGAGCAGGCCCAGGAUCACAGCCGCAGCCUGGACGCUAUAUGUCUUGUAUCUGAGCAUUAUUAUGCAUGACUUUCAGACUUUUCUAAAGUGAUUUAAGCUUGUGAGAUGCUUCCAUUAACUGGAAAAACAAUCAUCUUUGAUAACUUUCCUGAUCCUUCUGAUACAUGGGAAAUCACCGAAACGAUUGGCAAAGGAACUUACGGGAAAGUUUUUAAAGCGUUGAAUAAAAAAAAUGGCCAAAAAGCAGCAGUGAAAAUUCUGGACCCAAUUCAUGAUAUCGAUGAAGAGAUCGAAGCAGAGUAUAACAUCUUAAAGACGCUUUCCGACCACCCCAAUGUGGUCAGAUUCUACGGCAUGUACUUUAAGAAGGAUAAAAUAAAUGGAGACAAACUGUGGUUGGUUCUUGAGCUGUGCAAUGGAGGAUCCGUGGCUGAUCUUGUGAAGGGAUUUCUGAAGAAGGGCAAAAGAAUGAGUGAAACCAUAAUUGCCUAUAUUUUACGUGAAGCACUAUUGGGACUUCAGCAUUUGCAUAACAACAAAACCAUCCACCGUGACAUAAAAGGAAAUAACAUUCUGUUGACCACUGAGGGUGGAGUCAAACUGGUAGAUUUUGGUGUGUCUGCACAGCUCACCAGUACUCGAUACCGUCGGAAUACAUCUGUAGGAACGCCAUUUUGGAUGGCUCCUGAGGUGAUUGCAUGUGAACAGCAAUUGGAUACCACUUAUGAUGCCAGGUGUGACACAUGGUCCCUGGGGAUCACAGCCAUCGAGCUAGGGGACGGAGAUCCUCCAUUAGCCGACCUGCAUCCCAUGAGAGCGCUCUUCAAAAUACCAAGGAAUCCACCCCCCAAACUAAGGCAGCCUGAGAUAUGGUCAGCAGAAUUCAAUGACUUCAUUAGCAAGUGCUUGACUAAAGAUUAUGAAAAGCGUCCAACAGUGUCAGCUCUUUUACAGCAUAAAUUCAUUACUCAAAUUGAGGGCAAAGAUGUGAUGUUGCAAAAACAACUCAUGGAAUUCAUCAACAUUCAUCAAGGCAUGGGAGGCACAGAAAAGGCCAGACAUGAACGUAUUCAUACCAAGAAGAGUAACUUCACUAGAUCACUAAUGUCCAGUCUGAAGGAUGUAGACGAUUUAGCAACCCUAGAAGUUUUGGAUGAGAAUACAGUCUCAGAACAACUUGAGAAGUGUUAUUCCAGAGAUCAGAUUUAUAUCUAUGUGGGAGACAUACUCAUUGCUCUUAACCCUUUUCAGAGUCUGGGUCUUUAUUCCACAGAGCAUUCCAAACUAUAUAUUGGAGCAAAGAGAACUGCCAAUCCUCCUCACAUUUUUGCAAUGGCUGACUUAGGAUACCAAUCAAUGAUAACAUAUAAUUCAGAUCAGUGCAUUGUUAUUUCUGGAGAAAGUGGUGCUGGAAAGACAGAAAGUGCUCAUCUUUUGGUUCAGCAGCUGACGGUGCUUGGAAAGGCUAAUAACAGAACCCUGCAAGAGAAGAUUUUACAAGUGAACAAUUUGGUGGAAGCCUUUGGCAAUGCCUCCACUAUUAUAAAUGACAAUUCCAGCCGAUUUGGAAAAUACUUAGAAAUGAAAUUUACUUCUUCCGGAGCUGUUGUGGGAGCACAGAUUUCUGAAUACCUUCUGGAAAAAUCGCGAGUUAUCCGCCAAGCUCUUGGAGAAAAAAAUUUUCAUAUUUUUUACUACAUCUACGCUGGCUUAGCUGAAAAGAAGAAACUAGCCCAUUACAAGUUGCCUGAAAAUAAGCCCCCCAGAUAUCUACAAAAUGACCACCUCAGAACAGUACAGGACAUGAUGAAUAAUAGUUUCUAUAAAUCCCAAUAUGAAUUAAUUGAGCAGUGUUUCAAAGUCAUAGGUUUUACAAUGGAGCAACUUGGAAGUAUAUACAGUAUAUUGGCUGCAAUCUUGAAUGUUGGCAACAUUGAAUUUUCUUCUGUGGCAACUGAACACCAGAUUGACAAGAGCCACAUUUCCAAUCAUGCAGCUCUGGAGAACUCUGCUUCUCUGCUUUGCAUUCAGGCAGAUGAGCUACAAGAAGCUCUUACCUCCCACUGUGUGGUUACUAGAGGAGAAACCAUCAUACGGCCCAAUACUGUAGAAAAAGCCACUGAUGUCCGAGAUGCUAUGGCGAAAACUUUAUAUGGGCAUCUCUUUAGUUGGAUAGUCAAUCGUAUUAACAGCUUACUGAAGCAUGGCACGUCACUAAGUGGGAACGCUGAUGAACUGAGCAUUGGCAUUCUGGAUAUAUUUGGCUUUGAAAAUUUCAAGAAAAAUUCCUUUGAGCAGCUGUGCAUUAACAUUGCAAAUGAACAAAUUCAGUAUUAUUUCAAUCAACACGUGUUCACAUGGGAACAGAAUGAAUAUCUAAAUGAAGGUGUUAAUGCCAGAAUGAUUGAAUAUGAAGAUAACCGUCCCCUCCUAGAUAUGUUUCUGCAGAAGCCAAUGGGUCUGCUAUCCCUGCUCGAUGAAGAAAGUCAGUUUCCCAAGGCCACUGACCAGACUCUCGUGGAAAAAUUUGAAGGUAACCUGAAAUCACAGUAUUUCUGGAGGCCCAAAAGAAUGGAACUUAGUUUUGGAAUUCACCACUAUGCAGGAAAGGUCCUGUAUAAUGCAAGUGGGUUCUUAGCUAAAAAUAGAGACACUCUUCCAACUGAUAUUGUGCUGCUUUUGAGGUCAUCAGAAAACAAUGUCAUUCGCCAACUAGUCAGUCACCCUUUGACAAAAACAGGUAAUCUGCCACAUUCUAAAACCAGAAAUAUAAUAAAUUAUCAAAUGAGGACUUCAGAAAAAUCAAUCAACUUGACAAAGGAUCAAAGUGGAGAAGCCACACAUCAUGCCAUAGAGACCACCAACAUGAAGACACAAACAGUUGCAUCAUAUUUUAGAUAUUCCCUGAUGGAUUUGUUAUCCAAAAUGGUGGUGGGCCGGCCUCACUUUGUCCGUUGCAUCAAACCAAAUAAUGAACGUCAGGCAAGAAAAUAUGACAAAGAGAAAGUCCUCGUACAGCUUCGCUACACAGGAAUUCUGGAAACAGCGAGAAUUCGAAGGCUGGGAUACUCACAUCGGAUACUUUUCUCCAACUUCAUAAAGUGGUACCAUGUUCUCUGCUACAAGUGGAACGAAGAGCCCCCAGGGAGCCCUGACGCCUGUGCCGCCAUCUUGGAAAAAGCUGGUCUUGAUAACUGGGCUCUUGGAAAAACAAAAGUGUUCCUGAAAUAUUAUCAUGUAGAACAGUUAAAUUUAAUGCGAAAGGAAGCCAUUGACAAGCUUAUUUUGAUUCAAGCCUGUGUCAGAGGAUUCUUGGAUUUAAGAAGAUACCAAAAAAUACAGGAGAAAAGGAAAGAGAGUGCUAUCCUAAUACAGUCAGCUGCAAGAGGACAUCUAGUCAGGAAACAAAGAAAAGCAGUUGUUAACACAAAAAACACAGCAGUAACAACGAUUCAGACCCAUGAUCAGGAAUUUGACUACAAGAAAAACUUUGAAAAUAAAAGGGACUCUUCUACGAAGAAACAGACAGAAAAUGCAGUCGCUACUAAUGAAACAGCCAUUCCAGCUGCAAACAAUACAGGAAGUACAUCUGUAGUGAAGCCUUCCACUUUCAAAGCUGAAGACGAAGCCACUCUGGCCGUUGAAAAUAACAACAGAGGAUAUCAAACUCAGAACGAAAUUAAUAACAUGUUUGGAGAAGAGACUACGCGUGAACCACAUCUGGUAGGGGACCCUUGGGCAGAAGAACACCCCCAAAAGAAGUGUAUGAAAGACCUGGAAGAGAACAGUAAGCUAAGGCAAGUGGAGAAGGAGAACACUGUGAUCGAGAAUUACUACCAGAGGUAUGCAGAGGAAAGGAAUUUUGAAGAAUCCAAAGCAGCAUAUCUAGAAAGAAAGGCCAUAGCAGGAAGGCCAAGCUACCCAGAACUUUGGUCAGUGGAGAAUGAGACAAAGCAGCCUUCGUUUAAAAGAACAUUGGAACCGAGCCUUAGCCAAAAGUCAGUCUAUCAAAAUGCAAAUAGCAAGGAACAGGAAAAGAAGACAUCGGUAGUCACCCAGAAGGCACCGACGUGCGGCCAGCAGAGAAGCCAGCUGAGGCCAGGGAUGGUCCGAGAGAGGCAGGCUGAAGCAGCAGUCCGAGCCCCGGAAGAAGAUAGAGCGGCAGUGUUCAUUCAGAGCAAAUACCGGGGCUACAAGAGGAGGCAGCAAUUAAGGAAGGACAGGAUGUCUUCUUUUAAAAAUCAAAAGAUUGUUGCGACACCGACCGAAGUAGCAAGAAAUACUCAAGAUCUGUAUUCCUAUCCCACAAAGCAUGAGGAAUCCUGUAAUUUCAGGACUAAGAAUGACAACGACUCGAAAGCAGUCUUAGAGAAAGAAGCAUGUGAUUUGGCCAUCUUUUCAAGACAGAUAUCAAAGUUAUCUGAAGAAUAUUUCAUUCUGCAGAAAAAACUGAAUGAAAUGAUUUUGUCACAGCAACUGAAGCCUCUUUAUCUGGGUGUCUAUCCUCAUAAGCCAAUUAAUAGACGAGUUUCUUCUCAGCAGUGCCUCUCAGGUAUCUCUAAAGAAGAAGAGCCAAAAAUAUUGAGACCCCCAAGACGGCCCCGGAAACCCAAAACAUUAAAUAACUCUGAGGACUCCACAUACUAUUAUCUGCUACAUAAGUCAAUCCAAGAAGAAAAACGAAGACCAAGAAAAGAUAGACCUCCCCGUUUACCUCCUAUGAAGUCCCAUCGCACUACAGGUCCUGAGCAUCCCAAGAACCCAGAACUACAUCAGGGAAAAUUAUUAGACCUGGAAGAUUUCUAUUAUAAGGAAUUUUUGCCCAGUCGUUCUGGACCAAAGGAACAUAAGCCUAGUUUAAGAGAAGGAAGACAACAGGGAGAACACCAGCAUCGAUGUUUUAAUGCUGACAAAAGGUGCUGGGCGGAGGAGAACCAGGAGCGGGAGGAAAAGGACUCCGCGGCCAACCCCUACGACUACCGGAGGCUCCUGCGCAAAACCUCCCAGCGGCAGCGCCUUGUGCAGCAGGUGUAACCCGGCUGUUCUGGGGGCCAUCCCACGGGAAUGUGCGCGAGACUGCGGGACUUUGCGGGGGCCAAAGCGGGGGACCCUCUGGCACUGGCACCACAGGGAGCUGAAGCCGCGGCCCUGACCUUAGCAGGGGCUGCCCGCUGUGCUCGCCCCUCGAUUGCCUGGGCCAACCUCUCCGGAGGCGAAGAAGUGAGAGCUCUUCUUCGGACGCGGUGUCUCCGUACUCCCGCACCCUCCACUCCCACCAGCCCUCCAGCUGGAGCAUCCCUAUCCCUGGCCCCCUGUGUAUCUCUUUGAUCACUCAUUUGAAACUCCCGUGGACCUGACUGCGCCUGAGCUCUCGCCGAUCCCUCUUCUCUCAUUUUGGGCGACUUCAAAGAUUUCUUUUUCCUUGGAAACGGCUCUCCCCGCCCCGCGGAACCCUCGAGGGGCGAGCAAAACAUAGCCCCGGUUGGGAGGAGAGGCGAAGGCGGGGGAAGCUUUGAAGAUGAACUUCAUCUCACACUCGCGCUUUCCCUUCCCGUGGUUAUUGAGGUUAUUAAAUAAAGGAGGUGCCCUGGAAAGUCCGUGGCUUUGGGGGUGGUACACCGAUAUUCCCCUUCAGGGCUGUACUCCUCCUGUCCAGCUGUGCAGGUGCAGGUGCCCAGGCAGGGGGGCGACGCUGUCUUCUGUCUCCGCCAGCGAACAACUCCCGACUCCAACCAUCCCAAACAAACAUGCCAUCUAAGUUAAAACCCAGGUCUUGCGACCCAAACAUGGCCUCCGGACAAAUCCCCAAAU